AUGAGUUUCCUGAAGAAAUGGCUUGACCAUGAUGGUUUUAUCGAUGAGGAACAAACUGAUAUACUAAAAGCUUUGUUUUUCUACAUGAAAAUCCUUCAUGUUUGGCCUAGAAAAGGUCAAAAUCUACGCAAAAAAGAUAUUUCGAAUAGAAACUAUCUACUUGACGAUAUCCUAUCAGGAAUGUCUUUCCUAGCCACAGGAUUCAAUAUUUAUUUCCUCCUGACAAUUUUCAUCAGACGCAACUCCAGUUUUCGUCAACUGGUCAAAGAUCUCGGUGAUUUUACAACAUUCCCAAAACCGAAAAACUUCGAUAAAGUAAAUAAACGUAUGGAUAUACUAACACAUUUCCUUGUCAUCUACGCAAUUGUUGCUGUAUUUGUCUUCGGAAUAUUUGGCAUCAUUGAUCGUGCUGAUUGUCUAGCUGAAAACAUUGAAUUAAAUCUUCGAAGAAUAUGUGGAAUGUUGGCGCCGGUUCUACUCCCACAAAGUUUUAAUUACAACGAGACUAUUUUCUGGAUUGGUUUUAUUAAUCAAUUAUACACGGCGAGUGCUGUAUGCGCAGCAGGAAUUUUAGUUAUGUUGAUUUUACUCGGCACCACUGAAAUAUUGAUUACACGCAUUCAGGAUUUUAAAAAAGUCUUGCAGAAACCGUUUUUGGAGCAGGAUGCAACAAAGCGUAAACAUUAUUUGAAUUACUGCGUGCGUUAUCAUUGUUAUAUCAUUGACUUGGGUGAUAAACUCAAUGAUAAUGUAUCAGCGCUUGCUUUUGUGUUAGCGUCGUUCACGUCUGGUAUUCUUGCGAUUACAUCGUUUCAAUUUUUGUUGAAACCCGAACCGAAAACAUUCCUGCAUUGUUUGGCUUGGAUUAUGCUCUUGAUGAUGCUUUCCGCUUCGGGUCAGCGAUUGAUCGAUGAAAGUUCCGAGAUUUCUGAGACGAUUUAUUCUACUGAUUGGUUUGUGGGUAAUGUGGAAGCGCAGAAAUACGCACAGAUGAUUAUUCUAAGGUCUAAUAAGAAUAUGUUUAUCAGUUCGGUUUUUGGACAGAUAUCUUUCGAGACGUUCACUGCUGUAAUGAGUAAUGCUUAUUCUUUCUUGACACUGCUUGCACAAACGCAAGAAGGGUAA